GGGGUGAAAACAGCUCGCAUGAGUCAACACCUCGACCCGCCCUAUGGCGGCGUGCAUGGAACACAACCAGCAUUGAGCAAUGAGCCAGUGAAACGUCCUAGCGCUGCCAAUCCAUUCGCAUCGGGACCUGUCGCAUCGGUGAGUCAAGUUCGACCUGGGGCUGGAUUCGGCAUGCCUCCAGGAGCAGCUCCAUUUCGACCGCAAGCAUCCAGUCAGCUCAACACCCCCCUCGGCCAGAAGCCGUUGAAGGACCCAUCAGUUGGGGCGGUUCCCGAAGCGACUGAUAUGAGUUCAUUUCCUCCGCCGCCUGCACAGUUUCACACACACGAGCUUGACACGGCACCGUUGGAUUCCCUUGCGCAUCAGUUCCAAACCACGAAUCUCAACUCGACGUCGUCGUUCGGUCCUGCAGCGCUGUCCAUCCAGCAAGACGAUCCCUUCCAACGCGUGCCGACCGCGUACUCGUCGUCGUUUCCCAUUUCGUCCACCACGUUCCAAGCCCCACCUCCACCCAGCGCCAAGCCACUUGACCUAUUUUCGUCCAACUUCAACUCGGGCGAUUCCGUCGGCGCCAGCGACGCGUUCGCCACGAACGACCCACAUGGAUUUGCACGAGUUCCCCCUCUGCCCCCUGCGAGGCGCGAUAGCUUCAACAGCCCAUUCGAGACGGCACCAACCAACGACUCCUUCCGACAAAUUCAGUACCAGCCGCCCGCGACUCCGCCUCCUCCAGCCGCCCCGUUUCUAAACUACAACUCGAGCCCCAACACAAAGAUUGCGUUCAAUCAACCACCCCCGUCGGCAUCUCCAAAGCCCUUUGCCGUCCGUCCCCCGCUGUCACCCCCCCAGCCCCCCGCCCAAGACAUCACGACAGCCAUCCGCACCACGGACGAUUUGUUUUACGAGUUUAUGAGCCACGUGAGCCCUGACAAACUGCCGACGCCAUCUGCCACCGACCUCCCUCCAACGCUGGAUACGCUCGUGGGUCUGUAUCGGCAGCAGCAGUGGCAGCAACUCGAAACCAAGGCGUGGAGCAUGCUCACGUCCCCAGACCCACAGUUCAACCUGCAUGUGCAUACGUGGGCCAUGGUGGCACAGAUGAAGUUGGGCAAAGUCGACGACUUGGAGCAACAAGUGAUUGUGCUAGGGGACCUCGACCAGUACCAGUACGAGAACUACCCCGAGAGAUUUCCAUCGAAACAAGGCUCGUUCGUGCCCAUGCGGCUCCGCUACAUGACAGUGCAGUUGCCGCGCCUGAAAAACAACGUGUCCAUGUACGAGACGAUGGCCAGCCAACUGCUCGUGGAUUUGGACCAGAACACGUUCCAGCUGUCGCCUGAGGACGCCACGUCAUGGCACAACAUCGUCACCGUGAACCUGAUCCAUUCGUUCCUCGACCGCAAGAAAUUCGACGUUGCCCUGCGCCUCGCCACGUCCCUCUACGAGGUACUACUACGACCUACUACUACCAUGAUCGUUUUGCAUGUCGUUUAGCGCCAGCGAACUGCGAAUGCAACUCACCGCGUGAUUCUGGCGUCGCGCUUGGGCCGCAUCUACCUGCAAGUCGGCGACUUAAGGCGCGCGGAAGGUUUAUUUGCCGACGCCGCCGCGCUCAGCGCCGAGAUUUCCGACCCCCACCACGACUGCGCCGCACGAGUGUUGCUCAACCAAGGACUGCUGCACUUUGCACAUAACCGGGUACAAGAUAUAAUGUCCACAAGUCGUCUAUAUAGUGUACCUAUAUGCGUUAUUCUCACAAGAAACACGAGGGGGCUUCUAGUUCAAGGAAGCGCUGGAUGCGUUCAACACGAUUCUGGGUGUGUACAGUGGCGACGACGACCCCGACGACGACUGGGGCGACGAGUGUUUCGCAUGGUGGGACGAUGGGGACGUCGUGUCGAGUGCGGCCAACAACAUGAGCAUCUGCGCAUUGUACUCGUGCCAGGUGCAGACGGCCGUGACGGUCCUUGAGACGGUGCUGCAGUCCGACCCGCGGCGGCACCUGCACAGCGCCGUCGUGUUCAAUCUGAGCACUCUGUACGACCUCGUCUGCGACAACGUCAACAGCACCAACCGCAAGAACAUGAUCAAGCGAGUGGCGGAAGCGUACAACGUCGAGCACAUUGACAACGCGUGCUUUCGCAUUUAAAAAUCAAUCCCAACUUGUUAGCGUUUCGGGGUUUCGGGGUUUUGCUUUUGGCGUUUGUGGGGGGGCGUCGUAGGGUCGUCGUUGAAAUGCACGUGGGUGUCGUGGAUCACGGCCUUGGCUGGCUUGGACACGUGGACGGUGGCGGCAGUAGCUCCUCCUUUUGACGAGGACGCGUGGUUGACGAGAGCGGUCCAAUACUCGACCUCGUCGUCGCCCGUCACGAGGUCGAUCGUAAUGUCGUUGCCCUUGAGGGUUAGCGGGGCUCGAUGGAACGUGUCUAACACUGCACCAUGUCGAGUGAGGAUGCUGCUUUGUGAAAAACGGGAGUAACACUCGACUACGUACCUCGGUGGGAGUGGGAAGUGGACAAGAACCGAGCAAACGCGACGUCGCCGCCAAAUUUGAGCUUGGAAUCGUCCAAGAACGCCACAGGAGCCGCGAUUUCCAGCGCCGCCUUGAUGUCUUUCCGUGGCAUGUCGGAAGGGACGUUGGACAAUCGAACCAGAAGCCCUCGUGUGAAAAAGUCAUGGGGGGACGACGCGUUGGCGGCGGCUUCCACCGCUUGCUUCAACGUCCCGGACGUGGUUUGGGACGGAACGUGUUGUAUUCGCUCCUUGAGACUGUCUCGCAGCUGCAGCCACUUUGUCUUGGACAUGCCUUUGAUGGCGACCAAGUUUGGAUGCGAGUCCUCGGUCGCAGCCUUCAGCGCCGCCAAUGCGGCAUCGACAGCCUCGGCGACCGCGAAUUCGACGAAGGCAAACCCUUUGAACUUUUGAGAUCCGGGGAAGCGAGGCAUGCUGACCAAAUUGACUUUUCCGAAGGGCGCAAAGAGACGGCGAAGAUGGUCGUGGUCGGAACCACAGGGGAAAUUCUCGAUGUAAAUGGUCCGAUCUACCGAACAUAAACGCGUAUAAGCAUUGGACGAUCGUUGG